UUCCCAACUUCGCACCAGAUCACCAACGUCAGUGUCAAGAUCCGCAUUACGAGGCAGAGCCCACCGCGAGCACGUUGUUUUGUCUCAUCGCCGGCUCGCAUUUGUCUCAUCGCCAGCUCGCAUUGGUCUGAUGUUGACAGUCUCAGUUGUCCAUGUCUCACCCACGCACACGACGGCCAGGUGUGCACCAUGCAUGUGCUUCUCUUCUUCACCUCUUCGCUUCUUCGCUUCCACGCAUCUCUGCCCUUCCUUUCGUCCCUGUCUCAUCCCAUCCUACUAUCUGAUAUACCGCCGUGCCCUGGUGUAUCUCGCCGAAACCAUCAUGGUCACCCUUGCCUGUCGUCGGCAUCCCACGCCGCUACAGUCCCGCUGGCCACCCGCUGCUGCCAACUGCCGCUGACCGACCUGACCAACCCCUCAAUCACCCCCCUCCAACCCCUUCGAGCCACUCCAAUACCCUCCUUCAUAUCACACAUACGUACCUGCCUACCCUAUCACCGAUCUCCCCCCACGAGCCUCACCCUCCCUUUCGCCGCUGUCGUCCCUCCUUGGCCACGCCCCCGUCCCAGAAGACGAAAACAUUCUGUUCUUCUGGCCUUCCACUCUCGGUAUCAUGUCUCGGAUGAUAUCAUGGGGAUUAUGGAGACACGGGCAUGCCGGAGCUCGGCAGUGCGUGACCCCUGCCACGAGACGUUGGCAGACCACCCUCAGCACCCUCAGCAGCCUCACCAUCCUCAGCAACCCUCACACUCCACCUCCCCCCUCUCAUCUGCCCUCUAGCUAUCUAACCAAAUCAACUUCCCAAUCAAGAAGCCCGCUCUUCAUAUCCUCCGCUGCCGGCCUCUGGCCAAGAUCGACCACGCCGCCAGAUCGACAUGACUGACCCUCAGGGCAUGUCGCCAUCACAAUACGCACAUCACGUCCAUCACGGAACUACAUCCGAAUACGGAGUUGUCACUUUGCCUCCCCUAAUGGUUCACCGUCCUUAGCUCCCGUGAGCCCAAUCUCGCAAGAUCGGGUCGUGGCCUGUUCCUGGCGAAACUUCUAUAAAGCUCAGCGGAUAUCCCGCCUCCAGUCUUACCAUCAUCCUCAUCCACAUCUCUUCGUCACAUCACCUGUCCUCCACCGAACAUCAUGAAGUUCUCCCAGAGUCUCAUUGCCCUCGCGGCCUGCUUCCUGCCUCUCAUCGCCGCUGCUCCUGAGGAGGCACAGCACGCCAAGAUCCGCAGCCCUGGAGCCCAGGAUAUCAUCCUAGACAGCUACAUAGUUGUCUUCAACAAGGGCGUCAACGAUGCCGAUAUUGAGUCCGAGUUUGCCUCCGUCAGCCACAUCCUGAGCAAGCGCAGACCUGCCCACAAGGGUGUUGGCCACAAGUACAACAUCACUGGCUUCAAGGGCUACCAGAUCGAGACCGACACUGGUAGCAUCGGUGAGAUCGCCGCGUCGCCUCUGGUCGCGUGGAUUGAAAGGGACGGAAAGGUCCAAGCUAAUGCUCUCGAGACCCGCUCUGGUGCUACAUGGGGCCUCGGCCGCAUCUCCCACAAGGCGACUGGCUCUAACAGCUACGUCUACGACAGCUCCGCUGGCUCGGGAUCAACCGUCUACGUUGUUGACAGCGGCAUCUACAUUGAGCACUCGGAGUUCGAGGGCCGUGCCAAAUGGGGCGCAAACUACAUUUCGGGCUCCCCGGACACUGAUGAGAACGGACACGGCACUCACUGUGCCGGCACCAUCGCUGGCGCCACUUACGGUGUUGCCAGCAAGGCGAACCUAGUCGCCGUCAAGGUCCUCGACGGUGAUGGAUCCGGCUCCAACUCUGGCGUCAUUGCCGGCAUCAAUUUUGUUGGCCAGAACGGCAAGGAUGGCAAGUCUGUCCUCUCCAUGUCGCUCGGCGGCUCCUACUCCGCUGCCCUCAACUCUGCUGUCGAAUCCACCAUCUCCAAUGGCGUCACCGUCGUCGUCGCUGCCGGUAACGACGGUGCCGAUGCCUCCAACUACUCGCCCGCCUCUGCCAAGAAUGCCAUCACCGUCGGUGCCGUCGAUAGCACCGACACCCGCGCUGACUUCUCCAACUACGGCUCCGUCCUUGAUGUCUUUGCCCCAGGUGUUGACGUGAAGUCCGCAUGGAUCGGCAGCAAGUCCGCCUCCAACACCAUCUCCGGAACCUCCAUGGCCACCCCCCAUGUCGCCGGUCUUGCCGCCUACCUCAUCGGCCUUGGUGGACUUAGCUCCCCAGCCGCCGUCGCUUCCAAGAUCGCGUCCAUCGGUAUCCAGGGCUCCGUCAAGGACCCCAAGGGAAGCGUCAACCUCAUUGCCUACAACGGCAACGGUGCUUAAAUUUCUCGCUUUUUUGUGAGUUGAGAUGAUGGUGGAGGGAUGAGGAUUUAUGGAUCAUGAAUUUAUGGGGGAGGGAGAGGGAUGUAUCUUCUAAACUAUAUAUUGGUUAGGGGGGAUUGUUUGGAUAGCUUAGCUAGCUAGUUGGUGGG